GUCCCGCUGCUGCCGGGGAUCCCGGGGCGGGUCCGGCCGCUCCCCUGGGAAGGCUGUGUGAAGCCCUCCCUGGGCAGCCGGGCAGCAUGGCACUGGGGGGCUUCAAGGGCUCCUGGCUGGCCUUCCACGUGGGCAUCAUGACUGGCUUCAUCAGCACCUUCUACCUGCUCAACGGCCUGCUCUGGCCGCGGCCCCGGGGCGCCGAGAGCCAGACGCCCCACCCUGACGUCUGGGUCGUCCAGCACCCAGCGCUCCUCAGCGCUGGCCACCCACACCUCUCAGGGGAGGUCAGCAUGACUGCGGCCGAGCUGUACAGCAAGGUGCGCAUCCUGUGCUGGGUCAUGACGGGUCCCAGCAACCUGGAGACUAAGGCCCGGCACGUCCAGGCCACGUGGACGCGGCACUGCAACGUGGUGCUGUUCAUGAGCUCGGUGUGGGACGACGGCUUCCCCACCGUGGGGCUGGGCACCAAGGAAGGCCGGGACCAGCUGUACUGGAAAACCAUCCGGGCCUUCCAGUACAUUCACCAGCACCACCUGGAGCAGGCCGACUGGUUCCUCAAGGCGGACGACGACACCUUCGUGGUGCUGGACAACCUGCGCUGGCUGCUGGCCAACCACACGCCCGAGGAGCCCGUCUACUUCGGGAAGCGCUUCAAGCCCUAUGCCAAGCAGGGCUACAUGAGUGGCGGGGCUGGCUACGUCCUCAGCAAGGAGGCCCUGAGGCGCUUCGUGGAGGGCUUCAGGACCAAGGUGUGCACCCACACCACCUCGGUGGAGGACCUGGCGCUGGGCCAGUGCAUGGAGAAGAUGGGGGUGCAGGCGGGGGACUCCCGGGACGCCGCUGGGCGAGAGACUUUCCACCCCUUUGGGCCCGAAUCCCACCUCACCGGGAAGUUCUCCAAGAGCUUCUGGUACUGGAAGUACUGCUACUAUCCCAUCGUGGAGGGCCCCCAGUGCUGCUCCGACCUGGCCGUCUCCUUCCACUACGUGAGCCCUGAGCUUAUGUACACAUUGGAGUUCCUGACCUACCACCUGCGUGCCUACGGCUACCGCUUCCGCUACCAGCCGCCCCUGCCGGAGAACGCCGCUCGCCUGCUGCAGCGCCAGGCCCGGCCGAAGGCGGCCAAUGCUACGCUGCUGGUGCAGGGCACCAAGAGACUGUAGUGGGGCUGGGAGGAGGCGGUCAGUCUGGGAUCGGGCUCUGUGCCUGAUGUGGUGCUGGCACCCUGGGCAAGCCGUGGCCAGGAGCCACGUGGCAGCCCCUGUACUGGAUGAUGGAGGGGGCUGUCUCAGUCUAGCUGCCAUCCCAGUUGGCACUAACUGACCCCCUCGCUGGUAGAGGGGCGGAGGGACCACCCUAUAGAGGAUCCCCUCGAGGGCAGAGGGAGGAGUGGGCAGGGCCAGUGCAACCAUUUAGGCGACCUAGGCGGUCGCCUAGGGUGCUAGGAUUUGGGGGAUGGCAUUUUCUCCGGCAGCGACCGCAGCGGCUGGAUCUUCGGCUGCCCCUGUCGCCACCGGCAUUUAGG